AUGACAAGUAAACUGCGUUUUUCGCCGACUUUUAAUGAAAAUGUCAAAAUUUCUUCAACCCAAAAUGAUGCCGAGAAAAGUUUCAAUUAUCAAAAUUCUAUUUGGGAUUCUUGGCCGGUCGUUGUAAAGGUCGUCUGUAAUGAGAGUUCCCUUGAAGUUUGGCAUGAAAAAGACGAAGAUUUCGGAAACUGCUUCGGGCUGACCCUUUUUGGUCUCAUCCCAGCGGCCGUUUUCGCCCUUGUUAGUGCCUAUUUUCUCGCCAAACCGUCACCAAACAUUCGCCUUCCCGAGUUUCCCUGGCAGAUUUGGAUAAAAAUCACCGUCAACUUCUUGAUCAGCCUUCUUCUGAUAGUUCACCUUGUUUCGCUUUACUUGCCAUUUGACAGUCUUUAUGCUCCACCUUAUCCCGCCCUUCUUGUUACCUACCUGUUCUGGAUCAUCGCAGAAGUUCUUCAUCUUUUCUAUCUUUAUGCUUUCAUGGUUCCCUACAAGCUCUUUUUCAAACAUGGCCCAAGCUGGAUGCUCAUGUCUUGGUUUCUAACCAUUCCUUAUUAUGCCCAGUCCAUCAAGUCGAACAUUCAUUACCAAAGAUCCGUGAUCGACAACGGCGUUUGGAUUUCCAUUUUAUGUCUGAAGCUAAUUUACCUCAUCGCCCAUUUAUGCCCCCACUCGCCCGACUUCCAGCGUCUUCCGCAUCAGUACCAGCGCGCGAUUCGCCGCGACGGAAGAUCUUCAACAGAAGGAAGUGAGGAAGAAGGAUCCUUUGCAGAUCGAUCCCUUCUUCUUGGAGAAUCUCUUACCGCUAGUUACAGAAGAAGUGGCCGCGCCACAGUCUCUCCCGAAGUCGGAAACACUCUUUGGACGCAAAUGACGCUCUCUUGGCCGAUGAAAAUGCUCCGCCAGGGAGCUCGAUUCGGAAUCAAUACAGUAGAACAAGCAAUGAUUCUCCCACGAAAUCUGAAAGUUCUUUACACAACGAACCUAUUCGGCGUUUCUGAACUUGUCCGGCCCGUUCCCUUGUACACCCGCUCUUCCAGCAGCACGAGUUUGGAUGAAUCCGACAUGGACGAAAUCAAAUCACUCUGGAAGAGAAUCGCGAAAGUUUACGGCUUCAAAUUCGCUAUGUUUGGAAUCUUUCAAUUCACCACGAUGCUUUCCAACUUUGCCAAGCCACUGACACUUUCCUAUCUUUUGGAGUACAUGGAAGGGGAUGUCAAGGACCCCGAAACUGGCUUUACAUACGCUGGCAUUCUCAUCGCUCUUACUUUAUUCGAGGGCACGCUUUCCGUACACCUUGAUUAUCAACUCCAGCGCAUGAAACUAUCCCUCCGAAGCGCGCUAGUCACGAGUGUUUACGAAAAAACAAUUCUAGUCGCUCGCCACAAAUUUGAAGGAAAAACAAUCGGGGAGAUUCUCAACUUGAUGUCAACUGAUUGCGACAGAUUGGCCAACACAGUGGUCAAUUUGCAUCAGAUUUGGUGCGUUCCUGCUCAAGUGAUUCUCGUGCUCGGAUUGUUGUACUUUCAGGUCGGCUACGUUUUCAGCAUUGGACUUGGUUUCUCACUGGUGAUGAUUUUCGUCAAUCAUCGGCUGGGCAAAUUCAUCGGCAAAGUCAACAAAGAAUUCAUGAACGCAAAGGACGCUAGAAUUCGACUCCUUUCAGACAUCGUCUACUCAAUCAGUUUUAUAAAAAUGACGGCGAUGGAGAAAAUCUUCAAGAAGAAAGUCGAAAAGCUGAGGAAAGAAGAAAUCGGACAUCUUGGGAAAAUCAAGUACCUUGAUGCUGCGUGCGUCUAUUUUUGGGCAGCUACUCCUGUCAUUCUUUCCAUCAUUCUUUUUACGAUUUUUUCGUAUUUUGGCGAAGCAUUGACUGCUGCAAAGGUGUUUACAAGCUUGUCGCUUAUUAAUUUGUUAAUAUUCCCGCUGAAUGCUUACCCCUGGGUAAUCAACGGGACGAUGGAAGGCUACGUGUCACUCAAACGACUUCAAAAGAUGCUUGACUUGACAGUCAUCGACUACCAACAAGUGUACGAGCCGACCACCGCCGAUGAUGACUGUGCGUUGCUCGAUUCUCCUUCCAUGUAUGGGCUUGUCAACAACACAGAAGUGCCGUUUAUUUUCAAGCUUUCGAAUGCUUCCUUCACGAGUUCUACCAAUAUUCUCGCUCCUUCCACAGUGAAGAACAUCAACUUCAAAGUGGCAAAGGGAGAUUUAGUCGGAAUCGCGGGCGACGUCGGUUCCGGAAAAUCCAGUUUGUUACAAGCGAUCGCUGGCGAAAUCGAUAGAACGUCCGGCUCUCUCCUUAUGAAUGACAAUCACGACGGGUUGGGACUUGUGACGCAAGAGGCCUGGAUCUUCAAUGGAACAGUACGUGAGAAUAUCGUCUUUGGCUCAGCUUACAAUCCGGAAUUGUAUCGAAAAAUCAUCGAAGCUACAGCUUUGGUCGCGGAUAUUGAGUCAUGGCCAGCUGGAGAUCUCACGUGGCUUGGUGAGAGAGGAACAACCAUCUCGGGCGGACAAAAGGCUAGAAUUCAUCUAGCCCGGCAAGUCUAUCAGGUAUGA